AUGACGAUAUCGAUUAUCAUCGGCGCUGAACAACAAACGUCUAUCACGGGAAGACUCCAAGUUGCAAAUCGAAUCCUCGAUGUCCUAGAAAGUUAUCGUCUUCGACAUCGUGAUGGUACCUCUGACCGUAACGAUGAAGGUAGAAAACGGUUUCUCCCGAUAGUCAUGCGAAAAGUAGAAUGCUUCCAACCCAUCCGCAUGGUUCUUCCUGCAUUCCCCUUCAAAUCUCCAAAUAAUGAUUCCAAGGUCCUGGGUACCAUCCCUGAUAAAGGAGAAGAGAUUGCCCUUGCCCAUUUAGAUGGAUUGUGUAAAAGUAUUGAGGAUAUCUAUAACCCAGGGGCACAAGUCACCAUCGCCUCUGAUGGAAUCGUAUACAAUGACUUACUCGGGGUUUCUGACCGUGAUGUUUGGAUAUAUGGGCAAACACUUCGAAAGAUUUCCGAAGGUUCUGGCUUCAGCCACAUCCGUUUCGUUCCACUUCGGGAUCUGCUCGGACUGGACCUUUCCGAACCAGUUAGCGAGGAGACAUAUGUAGCUCAAGCCCAGAACUUCCGGGAUAAAAUGAGCCAACUUUACACUCCGGCGGGAUUUGACGUUCGUCAGGAGAUCUCGAAGAAUGAGGAUGCAGCGGCGACGUACAGAGGUUAUAUCAAGUUUCUCAGCAAAGAUUUAGCAAAUACAAAGACGUAUGAAACUAAAAUAUCAAAAAGUGCUAUCAAAAAGAGGAAUGAGGUGGUUGCACGGAAGAUGCUGGCUCGUGGAAAGGCAUUUUCCACUGCUGUACAGACCAAUCUUAAUGACUAUGUUCGUCUUUCAAUCCAUCCUUCGUCUGGGAGUACCAAAUUUUCGAUCUCUCUCUUUCCUCACAUUAGCCAUAAUAUGACUCCGUGGCAUGCUACGACCGUUUAUGGGCUCAAUGGCUCCGUUACGACAGCUCAUCUCGACAGUCUCAAAACAUCAUCAAGCCACGAACUAGUUUUUAAGGACGGUGCUCCUUGGUAUUAUCGGGAGAAGUCUGAUCUAUACCAUUGGAGCGAUACACGUAUAUCAUUUGAACCUUUGUACCCGACUGGUCUACUCAUCACUCCUGUUCCAGGUUUUGACAUUCAAUCAUUCAGUAGUAUCGAUGCGACCAAGCUCAGAUAUUUAGCUGAACAAAACUCACCAAUUAUCCUUCGAGGUUUCACUAAAACGGGAAUUCAAGUGGUAAUCCAUGAGAUAGCUGAGGUAGUUCCAAUUUCUGAGCGUCAUGGAUUGGAUUUUCAAUCUCCGAAGUAA